UCUAUGGGCGAACCAUCUUUUGUACGAAACUUCCCGGAGCCGUAUUGAUGGAGAAACAGUUGGCAGAGUAUCGCGCUAGGAAGGAAAAAGAACGUCUGCGAGAAAACAAGACUGUUUUUGGUGGAUGGUUUUCAAAGAAACAGGGCCCAGUCAAUGUUGCCGUAGAAAGACAUCAAGUUGACACAACAGAGGAAGGUACUACUCUACUUAUUAAACCAGGGACAAACUGUGUAGAGCCGCAAGUACCAGUAGGAAAGCCAGAGAGCUCGCAGUAUUCAGCUGUUGAAUCUAUCCCUGAACCUGCUGACAUCAAUAAUUGGAAGAAAUACACAAGCAUUACACUUAAAGUCCUGCUCUGGGGUCUCCUUUGGAAGUACUUCAUAUCAAUAGGCUUUGGGGCAGUUUAUUUCAUAAUCUCUUGCUCAUUUCUGAUGUAUAUCAACACCAGCACUGGUCCAAGGUUAGGAAACCGGUUAAGUGCUUACUCGGUAUUCAAUCCAAACCAAGAGCGAAUUGACGGAACAUUUACAGCUGAGCAGUUUGAAAGUGAACUUAGACACGGGUCCCAUGCAGUGAAAUAAACAGAAUCUCCA